GGUGUGAGGAUUGCGCAGAUUGCUCGCCAAAAAACCACGAGAGCCUCGAUUACGAACUCAUCCCCGCUCUCACCGCCAUUCCCCAGUUCUUCUUGAACACUGUGAUCCACCGGAGAGAAAAUUCAAGACCUCGAAGCUAUUCCUGCCAUUAUCUGGGAGAAUUCGUACCUUCCUCAAAUCGUACGAGGGUAAAGUUUAUUUUUCGGAGACAAGGAGCAACCACCGGGCUACCAAGGGCAGAGAAAAUAAAACAAAUGGUGUCUUUCCUCCUUUCUCGGACGGAAAAGUAAAGAGUUAGAUCUCACUCAAGAUUUCUUCCACGCUAUUUACUUGGAGCCUUGAAUUAUAACACACAUCUUGAUGUGAAGAGUGUGAACAAAGGCAAAGAGGUCUUUGCGACUCAUCCAACAAUGGAACCCCCAGUUCCAAAUUCAAUUUCAUUUGAAAGUGGUCUGUUGUCACAGAUGUCGUCGUAUUUGGACUAAAACUUGAACGUGCUCUCUACGAUACAACUUCAUACCAUUUCUGUCGCUUUACUAAAGUCCUCAGAAGCAUCCGAAGAAACGAAGAGGAAAAUUAGUAAACCAACCAACCAACAAACAAGCAAACAAAAAAGAUCCAGCUGGGUUGAAAAGCUAUCCAUUAUUCAAAUUCGUGGCAAUCUUGGACGCUGAUUAUGGGGGAGAAUCUGAACGACAGUUUGGUCCCUUCCACCGUCUCUUGUGAUUCGCUAACCACGGAUGAAAUUGAGUUCUACACGAAAGUAUCUUGGUGGUGGGAAGGAUUACUCCAGUCUCUCGUGGGGACCAUCGGAUUUUUGUCCAACAGUUUGGCCAUUCCGAUCCUGUGCUCCAAAGACAUGAACAGCAUCUUUAACCGGUUACUCGUAUUUUUGGCAGUGUUCGAUAACUUGUACAUCAUCUGCAGCGUUCUGGAGGGCAUUCGCAAGCACUCUGCAUUUUCUCAAUGGCACGAAUAUGCUUUCGGCCACGUGUUGUACCAGUUCCAUAACUUUGUCCUUUGCUGUUCCAUCUACAUCACAUUGACCUUGGCCUUGGAACGUUAUAGGGCCGUAUGGAGGCCUGUCGAAUACCACAAUAGGUGCAAGGGGGCCAAUCCUUGGCGAAGAGUUGCCAACUACGUCAUCCCCGUUUUCAUCUUCUCUGUCAUCUUUAACAUUCCGAAGUUCUUCGAGGUUGAAUUUGUGGUAAAGCAGGACGUUGAUCAGAACACAAACCAGACCAUCUAUCAAACUCUGGCCUCGCCCACCGACCUCCGCCUGAAUGACACUUAUGUGAUCUUUUAUGUGAACGCGGCCCGGCUCCUCGUCCAAGGCAUCAUUCCCUUUGUUCUGCUCAGCAUUCUGAACUACCGAAUUUACUGGGUGAUCAAACGUCGGCGCGAGAUGAUCAAUCGACCAGCUUUUGAGUCCCAGAAUGUUCGCUCCUCGUCGGCUGCUCAGAAGAAGGCCAAUGAAACGCAACAGGCGGUGGUGCUGUUCAUCAUUGUUCUUCUCUUCUUCAUAUGUCAUACGCCCAGAUUCGUGCUCAACGUACAUGAGUUCCUGACCCUGGAGAGCUUGCGUAUUAGCAUUAAACAGGACUGCAAUGGAGUGUCGUUGUGGGCCUUCAUCUGGGCUUCAGUGUCCCAUUUCUUAAUGACCCUAAACAGCAGCGUCAACUUUUUCAUCUAUUGCUUCAUGUCCACCACAUUCCGACAAACUUUAUUUGGAUACUUUAAGAAAUGCUGUUGCUUUGUGCCCAAAUGCAUGGAGGAGCCCAAAAGCUCUAUGAUCGCUUUGGAUUAUAUGGAUGGGUUCGAACCAGAGGUAAACCCGGUUGGUAACACCUCGAUCGAGCUUACAAUCCAUUCCCAAACCGAAUGACCUGCUCGCUCGAAGUUCGACGCACAUGCAUAACGAGCCAACAAAUGGCAACAAUGCAUCUGGUUUAUGGUACAAUUCUGCAGAUAACGUUGAAGGACAGGGAGAGUCCUGCCGAGAAAAAAAUUCCCAAUGGAUCACACCUUGCUCGUGACAAAGUUGAAGCUCCGAUAUUGGAAACAGAACAUUUCGCUGUGAUAGAGAUUCACUCACUGACGAAAAUCUCGAGGCCGUGUGAAGACUGUCUGUUGAUGGAUGGGCUGGUGAAUUAUUCCAAUGUGAGCGUCAGAGAAACUAUACGUAUGUAUGUAGAAGUUUGCUCCACCUUUCAGUAAAAAACGUUUCUCUUUUCCUGUCAACUUAUCGCCAAACUAUGUAAAUAGUGAAUGUGAGUGUAACAAACGA